AUAAUAAACAAUGACAAAAUUGACAAUUAUGAAUACCUUAAAGGGUUAGUAGUAAAUUAAAUUAUAAAUAAUAUUAAAUCGCUACGCUUUUACUUCAACAGAAAACCGAGAUAAAUACAUCGGUUAUGAACAAAAGAAGACUACAAGUAAUAUUUUACGAAAUGUGUUGAAUCCCAUGCUUCCCAUCAAUAUGCUAUUAAGAGGAUACUCCUUAUGUGUUUUGAUUGUGGAUGUGCUGUGGGUAAUUUUAAAUGCCAUAUAUGCAAUCUUCCAAGCUGCUUACGAAAUAUUUAAGCCUCCACCUUUAAAAUCGAUAGAAGAUGAAACAGUAAUGGUAAUUGGCUCUGGAAGAGGUGUCGGUAGGGAGUUAGCUAUACAGCUAUCUUUCCUUGGUGCAAGAGUGAUUUGUGUAGACCAUGAUGAGUCUAACAACAGUAAAACAGUGGCAUACAUUAACCGUAAAGGUGGUGUUGCACUGACCUACACUAGUGAUAUAACAAAAAAGGAGAAUGUAGAAUAUUUAGCAGAGGAAAUAAGAAAAGAUGUUGGUUUUAUCAGUAUGAUGUUCUAUUGUUGUGGAAUCCCUAGUCCAAGGGCCUUGAUGACACAACCACCCCAGGACAUUCAUGAUACCCUAGAUCUGACUUUAACAUCAUAUUUUUGGCUCAUAGAAAGUUUUUUACCUGAAAUGAAAGCUAGAAACCAUGGCCAUAUUGUUGCUCUCACUUCUGUGGCUGGUCUCAGUCACAUUAAAGAUCAGAUGCCACUCAGUGUUGCACAGUUCGCUGUGCAGGGGCUUGCAGAAUCACUUAUGGAAGAUCUUAGGAUUAACAAGAUUAAUAGAGUUUAUGUCACUCUUAUACAUAUUUAUCCAUUUAUUGUUGAAGACAGUUCAGACUUAAGACUGAAAAUACCUAGUUACUUUGGCACAAUAACGCCUGCUAGAGCCGCCAACUCAAUUUUGGAAAGUGUUCUUCGCAACUAUCCAGAAGCAUCUGUCCCUAAACGUUUACUUUUUAUGGGCAACCUACUUCGAAUUUUACCGAGGAAAGCAACAGUGCUUAUUAGAGAUCUCCUGGACACUGGCGUAGAUUUUGCAUGAUCUGUUUAAUUUUUAUUGUAGUUAGUCAAAUAUAAUAUUCUAAAUCUUUGUUAUAAAGUAGCACAAUAAAAUUUAUUUGAAUGAUAAAUUAUUGUUUGUUACAAAAUCUUUUCAAUAAGUUAUACAAAAAUGUUAUAAAAUUUCCUAUUUGUAAAUUGUAUGAAGAUAUUAAUCGUAUUUAUUAGGUACUUAUAUAUUUUAGCUUUGUAUACUUUUAUGGAAAAUUGUUGUGUAAGAAAUUU